GAGACGGCCCGAUUCUUCCCACCUUGUUGGGCACCGAGAGCCGAAAUCUUCUCUCGCCUCUGCCACCGCAAGUACCGUUGUCUUUCUUCCCAUUUUCUUUUGAAAUUGGAAUAAAAAAAUCCUGCAGCAUCAUUUGGCUGUUCAUGAAUCGCGCUAAAAACAAGAGCUCGAACACAAAGACAACGAUGCCUCACCAGCAACCUAUUCAUGUACAUUUUUUAAAGCUAAAUCGCAGAGAUUCCCCCCAUUUUCUCUUCCUUUUUCUGGGCGGGCAUAAUUUCGACCCGAAAUGGCCGGAGGAGUGAACCGGAAGAUAUCGGCGGCGUCGGCCAGAGCUCACACGAGGAAAUCAGAGCAGAGCCUUCCCUCAGGGAUGUUAAGAAAACUGCUGGGGCUUCUCUUUGUGGGAUUUUCGGCGCGGUUCUAUCUAGCAAUUCAGCCUCCUCCUCCCAAGAUAUGUGGCUCACCUGGAGGCCCUCCCAUUACAUCACUAAGAAUAAAGCUCAGAGAUGGAAGGCAUUUGGCAUACAAGGAGCAUGGUGUGCCAAGAAACAAAGCCAAGUACAAAAUUGUCUCAGUCCAUGGCUUUGAUUCUUGCAGGCAUGACACUGUGGCCGCCCGAGUCCUUGCUCCGGAACUUGUUGAAGGCUUGGGAAUCUACAUUGUGUCUUUUGAUAGACCUGGUUAUGGAGAGAGCGAUCCCGAUCCAAAGAGAACGGUGAAGAGCACGGCUAUGGAUAUAGCAGAGCUUGCAGAUCAAUUAGCAUUGGGAUCCAAAUUUUAUGUUAUUGGAGGUUCCAUGGGUGGGGAGAUAGUUUGGAGCUGCCUGAAGUACAUUCCAAAUAGGCUGGCAGGGGCGGUACUAGUCGCUCCGGUCAUCAACUACUGGUGGUCAGAUCUUCCUGCCAAUUUAUCUAAUGAAGCCUACUACCAGAAACCACUGCAAGACCGAUGGGCUCUUAGUAUUGCUCACUACACUCCUUGGCUCACGUACUGGUGGAAUACUCAAAGAUGGUUUCCUGCUUCAAGUUUUAUCGCUCACAAUCUCGACGUUCUUUCCCCCGAGGACAAAAAGCUCAUUCCUAAGCUCUCGUUUAGAAAGGAGUAUGUGGCUCAGAUUAGACAACAAGGUGAAUAUGGAUCCCUCCAUCAGGACCUGAAUGUUGGAUUUGGCAGCUGGGAGUUCAGUCCUCUGGACCUAAAAAAUCCAUUCCCUCACAAUGACGGGUCGGUCCACGUAUGGCAGGGAGACGACGACAGGGUUGUGUCUGCUAAACUGCAGCGUUACAUCGCCAAAAAUCUCCCCUGGAUUCACUACCACGAGGUACCGGGUGCCGGGCACUUGUUCUCUUAUGCUGAUAAAGUUUAUGAUUCUGUCAUCACUACUCUUUUACUUUCAUAAGCGAUCACUACUCUUUUACUUUCAUAAGUGAGCAAAUAUCAGCAUUUUCCAAUCUUGUGGGAUUUUAGUGAGGUCUGUUUCUUGUACAAAUGCUUUGAGAUGCUGUUGUAUAUAAGAAUGCCAUAGCUGCUUUAUUUU